UUACUUCUCAUUAAUCCAUCUCAGUCACCACAUGCACCUUUUAUUAAUACCAAUCCAAGUAGUCUCUCUCUCUCUCUCUCCCUCAUCACUCACUCACUCCAUAUCUCUCUCUCUCUCUCUAAUACCAAUUUCAUCUACAUAGUAAGUAGUAACAAAGAGAGUGAGCAAGCAAGCAAGCUAUGACGACGACCGGCAAAGGCAAGAAGAAGAAGAUGGUCCUUAAGGCAGUCUCUGUUGUAGACAUUGGCUGUAGCAACUGUAAGUUCCCAAACUUGUCUUCUUUUUUCAACCCUUCCCCCAAAAAGCCCCGUCACUACUCCUCUAGCUACGGCCAUUGCCACUCUUCCUCCAACACAACGGCCUCUUCCUCCUCCGCCGUCCCAUCCACCUCCCACUGGUUCUCCGACACCUCUUCCUCCUCCGCCACACCCACCACCGCUGCCGUAGCCGUUGAAAAAGACUCCGACGACCCUUACCUCGAUUUCCGUCAGUCUAUGCUUCAGAUGAUUCUCGAGAACGAGAUUUACUCCAAAGACGACCUCAGAGAGCUUCUCCACUGCUUCCUCUCCCUCAACGAGCCUUACCACCACGGCAUCAUCAUCCGAGCCUUCUCAGAAAUCUGGGACGGAGUUUUCUCCGCCGCCGUCAAACGCCGUGGAGGAGUCCAAGAGUCUCCGCUCGUCCACCGUCAUGGCUCACGUGCCUCGCACCGUAACCACUACCACCGAACGAUGUAACCUUUUAAUUUCUUGUAUUGUUUAACUAAGAAUUAUGCCACGUCACCAAUAAUGUAUUGACACGUUGACUAUCCAUUUUACCUGCUACACGACGUGUCAAUACAUUAUUGGGUUUGUGCUUUUAACUUUCUUAUCUUAGCUUUGGGAUUUUCCUAUCUUUCUUGUUUUAACCAAAUGUAACACGACAAUGGUAGAAAAGUAUUUAUAAUAA